AUGAACCCCGCCGAAGGGGCAGCGGAGGAAGGGGCAGUGCCCGAUUCCGAGGUGGAUGCCUUUUUCCGAACAGGGUCUUUCCGAAACGAUGGCCUAAAAGCUUCUGAUGUCCUUCCUAUACUGAAGGAGAAAGUGGCCUUUGUGUCAGGUGGCCGCGAUAAACGAGGAGGACCCAUCCUGACAUUUCCAGCACGUAGCAAUCAUGACAGAAUAAGGCAGGAAGACCUUCGAAAACUAGUGACUUAUUUGGCUAGCGUGCCAAGCGAAGACGUCUGCAAACGAGGGUUCACAGUCAUCAUUGACAUGAGGGGGUCUAAAUGGGACCUGAUCAAGCCUCUUCUGAAGACACUUCAGGAAGCCUUCCCUGCAGAAAUUCACGUUGCCCUGAUAAUCAAGCCUGAUAACUUCUGGCAGAAGCAGAAGACAAAUUUUGGAAGUUCAAAAUUUAUUUUUGAGACAAGUAUGGUCUCAGUUGAAGGCCUAGCAAAACUGGUCGAUCCUUCCCAGCUAACAGAAGAAUUUGAAGGAUCUUUGGAUUACAAUCAUGAUGAGUGGAUAGAGUUGAGGGUCUCCUUGGAAGAAUUUUUCAACAGUGCCAUCCAUUUGUUAUCCAGACUAGAGGACCUUCAGGAAAUGCUGGCUAGGAAAGAAUUUCCAGUGGACGUUGAAGGAUCAAGAAGACUGAUAGAUGAACACACACAGCUGAAGAAGAAAGUAAUUAAAGCUCCCGUGGAAGAGCUGGACCGUGAAGGUCAGAGGUUGUUACAGUGCAUAAGGUGUAGUGAUGGUUUUUCUGGUAGGAACUGCAUUCCUGGCAGUGCAGACUUCCAAAGUCUUGUGCCAAAGAUCACUAGCCUUUUGGACAAACUGCAUUCAACACGGCAACACUUGCAUCAGAUGUGGCAUGUCCGCAAACUGAAACUGGACCAGUGCUUUCAACUUCGACUUUUUGAGCAAGAUGCAGAAAAAAUGUUUGACUGGAUCAGCCACAACAAAGAAUUGUUCCUGCAGAGUCACACUGAAAUUGGAGUGAGCUACCAACAUGCCCUUGAUUUACAGACACAGCACAACCACUUUGCUAUGAAUUCCAUGAAUGCCUACGUGAAUAUCAACCGCAUCAUGUCAGUCGCAUCUAGGCUUUCAGAAGCAGGCCAUUAUGCAUCUCAGCAAAUUAAGCAGAUCUCCACCCAACUAGAUCAGGAAUGGAAAAGCUUUGCUGCAGCACUGGAUGAGCGCAGCACGAUAUUGGCCAUGUCUGCUGUGUUUCAUCAGAAGGCUGAACAGUUCCUCUCUGGUGUAGACACGUGGUGCAAAAUGUGCAGUGAAGGAGGCCUCCCAUCAGAAAUGCAAGACCUGGAACUGGCCAUCCAUCAUCAUCAGUCCCUAUAUGAGCAGGUCACCCAGGCCUACACAGAGGUAAGCCAGGAUGGAAAGGCUUUACUGGAUGUCCUGCAGCGCCCCUUGAGCCCUGGGAACUCCGAAUCUCUCACGGCCACAGCUAAUUAUUCCAAGGCUGUUCACCAGGUGUUGGAUGUGGUCCAUGAAGUCUUGCAUCACCAACGUCGGCUGGAGAGUAUCUGGCAGCACAGGAAGGUCCGGUUACAUCAGAGGCUUCAACUUUGUGUUUUCCAGCAAGAUGUUCAACAGGUGUUGGACUGGAUUGAAAACCAUGGGGAAGCCUUUCUCAGUAAACACACUGGAGUGGGAAAGUCCCUUCAUAGGGCACGAGCUCUUCAGAAAAGACACGAUGACUUUGAAGAAGUAGCACAGAAUACCUACACUAAUGCAGACAAGCUACUGGAAGCUGCAGAGCAGUUGGCUCAGACUGGAGAGUGUGACCCUGAAGAGAUCUACAAAGCAGCACGGCAUCUUGAAGUGCGGAUUCAGGAUUUUGUCAGAAGAGUAGAACAGAGAAAACUUCUUUUGGAUAUGUCUGUCUCCUUUCACACUCAUACUAAAGAGCUGUGGACAUGGAUGGAAGAUCUGCAGAAGGAGCUCUUGGAAGAUGUCUGUGCAGACUCUGUGGAUGCAGUUCAGGAACUCAUUAAGCAGUUCCAGCAACAGCAAACGGCUACCUUAGAUGCAACCCUCAAUGUCAUCAAGGAAGGUGAAGACCUAAUCCAGCAGCUCAGGGAUUCAGCUGUCUCUAACAAUAAAACGCCGCACAACAGCUCUAUCAGCCACAUUGAAUCCGUCCUUCAGCAGCUUGAUGAAGCCCAAGUACAGAUGGAAGAACUCUUCCAUGAAAGAAAGAUUAAGCUAGACAUCUUCCUUCAGCUUCGAAUUUUUGAACAGUAUACCAUUGAGGUGACAGCUGAGUUAGAUGCCUGGAAUGAGGACUUGCUAAGGCAAAUGAAUGAUUUCAAUACUGAGGACUUGACUCUGGCAGAGCAGCGUCUGCAGCGACACACUGAACGAAAGUUGGCUAUGAACAACAUGACCUUUGAGGUCAUCCAGCAAGGACAAGAUUUGCACCAGUACAUCAUGGAAGUCCAGGCCUCAGGCAUUGAACUGAUCUGUGAAAAGGACAUCGAUUUAGCAACGCAAGUGCAAGAGCUGCUGGAAUUUCUUCAUGAGAAGCAGCAUGAGCUGGAGCUCAAUGCUGAUCAGACACACAAGCGGCUGGAACAGUGCCUUCAGCUCCGGCACCUGCAGGCAGAAGUCAAGCAGGUUCUUGGCUGGAUCCGGAAUGGAGAAUCAAUGCUUAAUGCAAGCCUUGUCAAUGCGAGCUCUCUGUCAGAAGCUGAACAGCUCCAGAGAGAGCAUGAGCAGUUCCAACUGGCUAUAGAGUCCCUCUUUCAUGCCACUUCCUUGCAGAAGACACACCAGAGUGCCCUCCAGGUGCAGCAGAAGGCAGAGGUACUGCUACAGGCUGGGCAUUAUGAUGCUGAUGCCAUCAGAGAAUGUGCAGAAAAGGUGGCAAUGCACUGGCAGCAGCUCAUGCUGAAAAUGGAGGACAGGCUGAAGCUGGUUAAUGCAUCUGUUGCUUUUUAUAAAACCUCAGAACAGGUUUGCAGCGUGCUGGAAAGCUUGGAGCAAGAGUAUCGAAGGGAUGAAGACUGGUGUGGAGGCCGGGAUAAACUUGGGCCAGCAUCUGAGAUAGAUCAUGUUAUCCCCUUAAUAAGCAAACAUCUGGAACAGAAGGAAGCCUUUCUCAAGGCCUGCACUUUAGCACGAAGGAAUGCAGAAGUGUUUCUCAAGUACAUUCACCGAAACAACGUCAGCAUGCCAGGGGUAGUGAGCCAUACAAGGGGACCCGAGCAGCAAGUUAAAGCCAUUCUGAGUGAGCUGCUGCAGAGGGAAAACAGAGUUCUUCACUUCUGGACCUUGAAGAAACGAAGAUUGGACCAGUGCCAGCAGUACGUGGUCUUUGAGCGCAGUGCUAAACAGGCUUUAGACUGGAUCCAAGAAACAGGAGAGUAUUAUCUCUCUACUCAUAACUCCACAGGGGAAUCAGCAGAAGAAACUCAGGAACUUCUGAAAGAAUAUGGGGAAUUCAAAGUACCUGCCAAGCAAACCAAGGAGAAAGUGAAGCUUCUCAUUCAGCUGGCUGAUAGCUUUGUAGAAAAAGGACAUACUCAUGCCACUGAAAUUAGAAAAUGGGUUACCACUGUCGACAAACGGUAUCGGGACUUCUCAUUGAGGAUGGGGAAAUAUCGCUACUCUUUGGAAAAAGCUCUUGGCAUCAAUACAGAGGAUAAUAAGGACCUGGAGUUGGACAUCAUUCCAGCAAGUCUGUCAGAUCGUGAGGUGAAACUACGUGAUGCCAAUCAUGAGGCUAAUGAAGAAAAAAGGAAGUCAGCCAGAAAGAAAGAAUUCAUCAUGGCUGAACUGCUUCAGACAGAGAAGGCAUACGUCAGGGAUUUACAUGAAUGUCUAGAGACAUACCUUUGGGAAAUGACAAGUGGAGUUGAGGAGAUACCCCCAGGGAUUCUUAACAAAGAGCACAUAAUUUUUGGCAACAUCCAGGAGAUUUAUGACUUUCAUAAUAACAUUUUUCUGAAAGAACUAGAAAAAUAUGAACAACUUCCUGAAGAUGUGGGCCAUUGCUUUGUUACCUGGGCAGAUAAAUUUCAGAUGUAUGUCACCUACUGCAAAAACAAGCCUGAUUCCAGCCAGCUGAUCCUGGAGCAUGCAGGAACAUUCUUCGAUGAAAUUCAACAAAGGCAUGGCCUGGCCAACUCCAUUUCCUCAUACUUAAUCAAACCUGUCCAAAGGAUAACCAAGUACCAGCUUUUAUUGAAGGAGCUUUUAACAUGCUGUGAAGAGGGGAAAGGGGAGCUGAAGGAUGGUUUGGAAGUGAUGCUGAGUGUCCCCAAGAAAGCCAAUGAUGCCAUGCAUGUCAGCAUGCUGGAAGGGUUUGAUGAAAACUUGGAUGUUCAGGGAGAACUGAUCCUUCAGGAUUCCUUCCAAGUGUGGGAUCCCAAGUCUCUUAUCCGGAAGGGUCGUGAAAGGCACUUGUUUCUCUUCGAAAUCUCUCUUGUUUUUAGCAAAGAGAUCAAAGAUUCUGCAGGACACACUAAAUAUGUUUACAAGAACAAAUUACUGACCUCAGAAUUGGGAGUGACGGAGCAUGUGGAAGGCGAUCCCUGCAAGUUUGCCUUGUGGUCUGGACGGACUCCCUCCUCAGAUAACAAAACGGUGCUAAAAGCAUCCAGUAUUGAAACAAAACAAGAAUGGAUAAAAAACAUACGGGAAGUGAUACAGGAAAGGAUUAUACACUUAAAAGGGGCUUUGAAAGAGCCAAUACAGCUCCCCAAGACCCCAGCAAAGCAGAGGAACAACAGCAAGAGAGAGGGAGGAGAAGAUGCUGACAGUCAAGGAGAUGGGAGUAGUCAGCCCGACACAAUUUCAAUUGCAUCCCGGACCUCGCAGAAUACCGUGGACAGUGACAAGCUGUCUGGAGGAUGUGAACUGACGGUGGUGCUGCAGGACUUCACAGCUAGCCAUAGUAGCGAGCUGAGUAUCCAGGUGGGACAAACCGUGGAGUUACUAGAAAGACCCAGUGAAAGGCCAGGCUGGUGUUUGGUCCGUACAACCGAGCGAAGUCCUCCUCUGGAAGGCCUGGUCCCCAGCAGCGCUCUCUGCAUCUCCCAUUCACGGAGCAGCGUAGAGAUGGACUGCUUCUUCCCUUCAGGAAAAGAUGGCUAUCCAGGUUCAUCCAAUGAAAAUGGAGGGAAAUCUGAAUCGGUGGCAAACUUACAGACCCAGUCAUCCCUCAAUUCCAUUCAGAGCUCACCUGGUCCAAAGCGCUCAACCAACACACUAAAAAAAUGGUUAACAAGCCCUGUCCGUCGGCUGAACAGUGGGAAAACAGACAGUAACAUCAAAAAGCAAAAAAAAGUGCGUGAAGGACGGAAGAGUUUUGAUUUGGGAUCCCCCAAGCCUGGAGAUGAGACAACACCUCAGGGAGAUAGUGCAGAUGAGAAGAGCAAGAAAGGUUGGGGCGAAGAUGAACCAGAUGAAGAAUCUCAUACGCCACUCCCUCCUCCUAUGAAGAUUUUUGAUAAUGAUCCCACACAAGAUGAAAUGACACUAGAGGGAGGCUCCUACCGAGGAACCUUAAAAGAUCCAACAGGAUGUUUGAAUGAGACUGUGACACCUUCAACUCCUCCUUCAAGAAACCUUGAAGAGGAACAAAAAGCCAAAGCUAUGCGAGGCAGGAUGUUUGUUUUAAAUGAACUGGUACAAACUGAGAAAGACUACGUCAAAGACUUAGGAAUAGUGGUGGAGGGAUUCAUAAAAAGAAUAGAAGAAAAAGGUGUCCCUGAAGACAUGAAAGGGAAAGAUAAGAUUGUAUUUGGAAACAUUCACCAGAUUUAUGAUUGGCACAAAGACUUUUUUCUAGCUGAACUGGAAAAGUGCCUUCAGGAGCAUGACCGGUUAGCACAACUGUUCAUCAAGCAUGAGAGAAGAUUACACAUGUAUGUGGUUUACUGUCAAAACAAACCAAAAUCUGAAUAUAUAGUAGCAGAAUACGGAGCAUAUUUUGAGGAAGUGCAACAAGAAAUAAGCCAGCGGCUAACUCUCAGUGACUUCUUAAUCAAACCCAUUCAGAGAAUAACCAAGUACCAGCUACUGCUCAAGGACUUUCUAAAAUACAGUGAAAAAGCUGGGUUGGAGUGUUCAGAGACAGAGAAAGCUGUGGAGUUAAUGUGCCUUGUUCCUAAACGCUGCAAUGACAUGAUGAACCUGGGCCGCCUUCAGGGCUUUGAGGGCAAGCUGGCAGCCCAAGGGAAGUUGCUGCAGCAGGAUACAUUCUACGUCAUAGAGCAGGAUUCUGGAGGGCUGUCUCGGCCAAAGGAACGCAGAGUUUUCCUCUUUGAGCAAAUAGUCAUCUUUAGUGAGCUUCUUAGAAAAGGCUCUUUAACACCUGGGUACCUUUUUAAACGGAGUAUAAAGAUGACUUACCUAAUUCUUGAGGAGAAUGUGGAGAAUGAUCCUUGCAAAUUUGCUCUGAUGAGCCGGGAAACAUCAGAAAGACUCAUCCUGCAGGCAGCCAAUCCUGAAAUCCAGCAAGCUUGGGUGCAGGACAUCAGUCAAGUAUUGGACACACAAAGGGACUUCUUAAAUGCACUACAGUCACCUAUAGAGUAUCAGCGCAAAGAAAGCAGCACUUCUGCAGUAAUGAGACCCCAGACCAGCAGGGUACCUCAGCCCAUCACCAGGCCCUAUUCCUCAGGACCCGUAGGGGCUGAUAAACCUUUGAAGGCUACCGUGCGUAACCCGUCUCUGCCACCUCUGAAGAUAUCUACCUCCAAUGGCAGCACAGGGCAUGAGCAGCACCAGCCAGGGGACAAGUAUGAACAAAGCAAGAAUGACGCGGGUGGGUGCAAUGGGACCUCUUCCAUGGUGGUCAUCAAAGAUUAUUAUGCACUGAAGGAGAAUGAAAUCUGUGUCAACCAGGGUGAGGUGGUCCAAGUACUUGCCAUUAACCAGCAGAACAUGUUCCUUGUGUAUCAGCCUGCCAAUGACCAUUCACCAGCAGCAGAAGGAUGGAUCCCAGGGAAUAUCUUGGCUCCCCUCACUAAAUCAACUACAGAUAAUAGCGACGGAAGCAUAAAGAAGUCAUGUUCAUGGCAUACCCUGCGCAUGAGAAAGCGGGCGGAAAAGGAAAGUGGCAAAACAGAAGCCAAUGGCCUACGUAAACCCAUGGAUAUUCUGGGCAACAAAGUCUCUGUUAAAGAGACAAACAGUUCAGAGGAAUCAGAAUGUGAUGACCUUGACCCAAACACUAGCAUGGAGAUCAUCAACCCAAACUUCAUCCAGGAAGUUGCUCCAGAGUUUCUUGUGCCUUUAGUGGACAUCACCUGCUUGCUUGGUGACACAGUAAUAUUACAAUGUAAGGUGUGUGGACGGCCAAAGCCAAGUAUAACCUGGAAGGGACCAGAUCAAAACAUCCUCGACAAUGACAACAGUACAGCCGCAUAUACAGUUUCCUCCUGUGAUUCAGGCGAAAUCACCCUGAAGAUCUGUAAUGUCAUGCCCCAGGAUAGUGGUAUUUACACAUGUGUGGCAACAAAUGAACUUGGAACAGCAUCCACUUCUGCUACAAUCAAAGUCCAAGGUGUCCCAGCAGCCCCAAAUCGUCCCAUUGCUCAGGAAAGAAGCUGCACCUCGGUGAUUCUUCGGUGGCUACCUCCAUCCAGUACAGGAAACUGUACUAUUUCUGGUUACACGGUGGAAUACAGAGAAGAAGGAUCUCAGGUCUGGCAGCAGUCUGUUGCCUCAACUUUGGACACCUACCUCGUUAUUGAAGAUCUCACACCUGGCUGUCAAUAUCAGUUCCGAGUCAGCGCUAGCAAUCCUUGGGGAAUUAGUUUACCUAGUGAGGCCUCUGAAUUUGUGAAACUUCCAGAAUACGACUCUGCAGCAGAUGGAGCCACUGUUAUAUGGAAGGAGAACUUUGAUUUGGCCUAUGUGGAGUUGAAUGAGAUUGGAAGAGGGCGAUUUGCCGUUGUGAAGAAAUGUAUCCACAAAGCAACUAGGAAGGAUGUUGCAGUGAAGUUCAUCAAUAAAAAAAUGAAGAAGAAGGAGCAGGCAGCACAUGAAGCAGCCAUGUUGCAACAUUUGCAGCAUCCCCAGUAUAUUACUAUUCAUGAUAUCUAUGAGUCACCUUCCUGCUAUAUCUUAGUCUUAGAGCUGAUGGAUGAUGGUCGUCUCUUGGACUACCUUAUGAAUCAUGAUGAACUUAUGGAGGAGAAAGUAGCUUUCUACAUAAGAGAUACAAUGGAAGCCUUACAAUACCUUCAUAAUUGUCGGGUGGCUCAUUUGGAUAUAAAGCCAGAAAAUCUGCUCAUUGACUUGAGGAUUCCAGUGCCUCGUGUUAAGUUGAUAGACUUAGAAGAUGCUGUUCAAAUUACCGGCCAUUACCAUGUUCAUCAUCUCCUUGGAAAUCCUGAAUUUGCUGCUCCAGAAGUUAUCCAAGGUGCCCCUGUUUCACUAAGCACAGAUAUCUGGAGCCUAGGAGUGCUUGCCUAUGUCAUGUUGAGUGGCGUCUCUCCCUUCCUGGAUGAAAGUAGAGAGGAGACUUGCAUCAAUGUGUGCCGGGUGGAUUUCAGCUUCCCUAGUGAGUACUUCUGUGAUGUAAGCCACGCUGCCAGAGACUUCAUUACUGUAAUCCUUCAAGAAGACUUCAGGAGGAGGCCAACAGCAGCCACUUGUUUGCAGCACCCUUGGCUGCAGUUUCACAAUGGCAGCUACUCCAAAAUCCCACUAGAUACCUCACGCCUGGCUAGUUUUAUUGAACGUCGCAAACAUCAGUUUGAUGUGCGUCCAAUUCCCAACGUCAAAAGUUUCAUAAUGAGCAGGAUGAAUCCAGGAACGUAAUGCAAUAUAUGACUUGACACUGAAGUAUGAUAGGGUAUGACAAGAGAGAAGGCAGAAUUUGCCUUUAUAUGUCUGUGUAAAGUAUUAUACUUGAUGUGAUGUCCAAGAAAGUAUAAGUACUGUUCCAGCAGUUGCAUUAUCUAACCAAUUAGAUUUAGAUGCUUUCAGGUGUUGCAUAUACACCUUCUUAGGUGGCUUAUUCUUGUUAUAAUGUGGUCAUGUUAAAUACAGAUGAAUGUUCCUAACGACUUCAGUUGAGAAUGAGAACCAAAACGCUGUUGCCUUACAUUUGAAAGGCAGCUCUGGCAUUUUUGCUGAUCCUAUUAAAGUUUAAAUAAUAUGUUAGAACGGCAGAAGAAAAUAACACUAGGCUUCUUCUGAAAAAUAAAUUGGAUUGGCAUCAGAAUUUCCAGAAACUGUUGCUAUUCAAGUUUUAAUAAGGGGCCAGAUCCUACAAGGAAGACCUCUGGUCACCAGUAAGAACUAGUAUUAUGGCUAGACUGCUGUUUUAUGACCCUUGUCAGCUUUGCCUGUGAUGUGACUUAGGUAUGCUGUAUUGAUCAAGGCUCCAGUAUGCCUUUGCCAAUAAGCCUCCUUGGGAUUUUACAGCACUCUCAUUAUCAAAACUAAUAUACCAGAAAGUAGCAGUGUGCUACUGAUGUGAUGGUAAAUUAAAAAAAAAAAGUUUUGAUUAAGCACAAUGAGACAAUUUUUUUACUGAAGUUUUUUAUAGCUCUUGUACAGGAAUCUUUUGCAAAAUCUGUGUUGAGAAAAGGGUAUGUUAAAAAUAAUUACUGUAUCUGUAAACUAGAUGUCAAAGACAUUUUUCUAUUGCAGGAGCUUUGAAUUAUCACAUAACAUGUAACAUGAAAAGAAUCUUAUUCCAUGUUCAGUUUGAAAAGUUAGUUGCUCAGUUGUGAUAUCAAUCCAAAGUUGGCCAAAGUACAGUAAAUAUAAUGGGUCCAUUCCUUUGUUUUAAGCUUCAAAAUGGGUGUGUAAGAUCGGUAGUUUACUACAUUUGUGCAUACAUGCAUCUCUGUCUCUCUCCCACUAACCCCCACCACCCAAACAUCUAUGCUAGCAUUUUCUGUCUAUUCCAACAGUCUGGUAUUAAAAGGAUCAUUACAGUUUUUAUUAACAAAAAGCAUAACUAGUGAAUAGUCCCUUAGAAAUUGUCGAUGUUGAACCAUUUUCAAAUCAAAUGACUUCAGAAAUGAAGUUCCAAGUUAUAGUGGUAUCGUACGGAUGAUAUAGGGAUUAGACUAAUUUUUUACACCAAGGAUAAAUUAGUACAGUGAAUGAUUCAUGAUCCUGCUGUAUCUUAAUCAUUUAGUCAACAAUUUUUUCCUCUUUGCCCAGCAACUGUUUUUCUAUAAAUUCUCCUGUGUUGUGAUGGACUUAGUAAUUUCUGAAGGCAUAGUCUCAUCUUCCAACAGAAAGUGCAAUUUCCCCCUUCACUUGUUCAAAUUGCUGUAAUUCAAGAUAUUUACCUUACUUAACAAGGUUUAAGUCUUUAUAUGAUGCCGUCUAUGUAAAUCACAAUAGUUGCAGCUGGGUUUGCUGAACCUAAAUUGCAUCUCUUUGUCUACAUAAUUGUACAAUUUUCACAGCAGAGACACUCAAAGACUCUUUCAUUCUCCAUAACUAUAUUUUAAGGGCACCAAUUGCUUGACUUUUCUCUUCUAUUGAAAAUUACUUAUUGGGACAUAACGAUCCUGAUGUACAUCUUAGUUGCUUAUUACCUAAACAUUUACCAUGGAUAGCCUGCAGGUCCGCUCAUAAAACUACUGAUAGGUUCUGUCAUAGUAUUGGCUUAGGCAGCUUGUUAUACACAACCAACUCUGUGGGGUGAGACUAAGUUUUCUAAUCUUGGCACUGUUUAUUCAAGAUGGAUGUUUAAUAUUUUGCAGUUAUGGACAUAAAGCACUUUUAGAUAAGCCUAUAUUAAGACUCGCACAAAAAGCUAAGGAGCUCACUCAGAGAACGACAGUCACACUCCGGAUCAGGCAUCUGGAUUUCCAAAUAAUGAAGAACUUCCUAUCCUUCUGCAUCUGGCAAAACAGGAGAGUAAUAAGAUUCUCCUCACCACUAUGCUCAUGACCGCCUUACCAAGAAAGCUACAAGCAUGUUGCAGAAAGUUGUACAUGAUCAAGUGGUUUCUCUGUUCACUGUGUACCAGUAGUGGGACAGA